UCGAUUUCAUCUUCCAAGAACAUAUCGCAUUUAAAUUAAGAGAGAUAGAGGAGGUGUAAAGCACAUGCAAGCUGGAUACAGAUUAUAUGAUCGAAAGAGAAGAAGAUUAGGAUUUGGAGCUUCAAACAUGGAUUUUAUUCCCUCCAAUAUAUUUCAAUUUGACCAAGCUUUAGACCAUGACGGUGAGCUGUUGCGGAUCUCUCGUGUUCCCUGUGUAGAACACAAAAUCAGAGAGAAUCAUGUACACCCACUCCCACUCCCACUGAAUCCUCCUCCUAAUCAAAAGGAAGAUCCUCAUAAUUAUGAUCGUUUCAUGAGCUUUAGCCAGCCGAAGCGAAAAGCAUCCAUCACUUUUGGUGAGAUAGAUGAUGAUCAAAACCCAAAGGAGAGCAAGAAGGUCAAGAAGAUCAUGCACAGAGAAAUAGAACGGCAACGAAGACAAGAAAUGGCCACCCUUUAUGCCACUCUACGAUCUCAUCUCCCUCUUGAAUAUCUCAAGGGAAAGAGGUCUAUAUCGGAUCAUGUGCACCAGGCCGCUAAUUACAUAAAACAUAUACAAAAGAAUAUCGAGGAGCUGCAAGAAAAGAGGGAUGAAUUGAAAAAACAAUACAAUAUUUCAGGCUCUAGUACUGCAGUAGUGGAAAAUUCGCAGUGUUCAUCACUAAUGGGGGAUUCUGUCAUAUUGGUCAGACCAGCUUGUAUAGGAGUGGAGGUAGCUGUGAAUACUCCAUUGAAACAAGGGCUUCCUCUUUCAAGAGUGAUUGACAUACUGGUUGCAGAAGGACUUAGUAUAGUGAGCUGCAACUCGGCCAAAAGAAAUCAAAGGUUGAUUUAUACCCUUGAAUCUGAGGUGAGUGAUGGGGGAAGCAUUGAUAUUCCUGAGCUCCAAAACAGAUUGAUAAAAAAAUGUACUUCUGAGCCUGGCUUCAAAUAAGGUGCUCGAUCGCAAGGAAUAUUAUUAAUUACAGUCCUUUUUAUCCUUUGUCUAAGUUUGGUGUGCCAUGCAUGUUUGUAUAUAUCCAGUAGGGUUAGUUCUUCGAUGUUUGAUCAUGUGUGGUUGAAUAUGAUUUGCAAAAGUUGUUGUGUGGAACAGUAACAAACAAGGCAUUGAUAUGAAUUCUAGAGUAACAAACAAAGCAAAAGAAAGCAAUCAAUAAACAAACCACAAAGAAUACCAAGAUUUAUAGUGGUUCACUCAAUCGGUGUGAUUGAGCUACAUCCACUUUCAGAACCGGCAAGAUAUUCCACUAUGAUCAAUUUAGAUAAACAUACAAUUAGAGUUUAUAAACAACUCUCUCUACCCAAAUCCCCAAUACACCCAAACCUAUUAACUCCGAUCUCUUCUUGAUUCAAAUAGAGAAGAAGAAGAAUACUUACUUCUCAUAUACAAUACAUAGCAACACCAACACCAACACCUCCAUAAAAAAAAAAAAAACACCAACACCAACACCUAAGCUCAAGAAGCUUCAACUAUGGAGUAACUAAGUCACCAACAAAGAGAAGAAGGC